AUGAACACACGGAGGGGCGGGCAGGCCCAGAGGGAGCCCGCCCGGGCUCCCAAUCCCCCCGCUCCCUUCAUUAUAAAGACGUAUGAGCUCAUCGAGGACCCCUCCACCGACGAGAUCAUCUCCUGGAACGAGGAUGGCACUAGCUUCAUCGUGUGGAAGAACGCGGAGUUUGCGCGCGACCUGCUACACCUCCACUUCAAGCACAGCAAUUUCUCCAGCUUCGUGCGCCAGCUGAACACCUACGGCUUCCGCAAGGUGGACCCGGACCGCUGGGAGUUUGCCAACGAGCUCUUCCUGCGCGGCCAGCGCCACCUGCUGGGCGGCAUCGUCCGGCGCAAGCCCGCCGCUGACGUCGGCCGUCCCGGCGGCAGCGCUCCCGGCCGCGACGCCGGCGCGCUGUCAGCGGUGGAGCUGGGCGCCUACGGCGGCCUGGCCGCGGAGGUGGAGACCCUGCAGCGCGACAAGCGCCUGCUGGUCACCGAGGUCAUCCGCCUGCGCCAGGCUCAGGCGGGGACCGAGGCCACGCUGCACGGCCUGCAACACCGCCUGGACGUCACCGAGGCGCGGCAACAGCAGAUGGUGGGCUUCCUGGCCAAGGCCAUGCACCAUCCGGCCCUGGUCCAGCAGUUCAUGGGGGGCGCCCCCGCCCUGCAACGCAUCGACGACGGGAGGAGUGACGAGGGCUCCGUGGAGGACAGCGUGGCGGGGCAGGGCGCCGCCAGCAGCACCUCCACUGCCGGCGCCGACUCCGGGGUCACCGGCGGUGCCCCCCCCGCCACGACCAGCGCAUGA